CUGACCCCGGGGCGUCAGGUGGGCGUGGGGCAGAAGGAAAGUACACAGGUGAGAAGGAGACCCUCAGAUACCCCCUGGAGCACAGCAUGCCCCACAACUGGGACCACGCGGGCAAGGCCUGGUACCACACCUACCAGGAGCAGCGUGUGGCCGGAGGACCCGCAGGGAAUAGCACGUGGGUGGAGGACCACCGGGUGAUGCUGGCUGCGUCUCCAGCCCAACCCCAAGGCAGCCGUAAGAGGAUGACCCAGAUCCUCUUCCAGACCUUCAACCCUCUGGCCAUACAAGUGGCCACCCAGGCCUCGCUGUCCCUGUGUGAUGCCCCUGGCCACACCUCUGGUGUUGACAUGGUCUCUGGGGGUAGGUCACCCACCUGCUGCCCAGCUAUGCGGGUCACGCCCUGCCCACCCCUCCUGCAUCAGGACCUGGCUAUUGGGGACCUCACCCAGCAUGGCAGCAGCUUCACCACCGCGGCCGAGCAGGAUUCAUGCCUGACACCAAGGAGCAGCGGGAGUCUGACCCGUCGCGCCACGCACCAGCCCCCGCAAAUGCUUCUAAACGGACGGAGCCAGGAUGGGCCGCAUUUGCUGCACCAGCUAGUCCAGAAUAUGAACUCGUCCUUGCAGACUGCACACCUCAUGCCAGCCUCCUGA